GUCAAUUCAAUCCAAAUAUUUAUCCGUAUGUGUGUUGUGCUGUCGGAAGGCGUAGUUUGCGUAUUAUUUCGUGUUGUAUGUGUAAUGCUACUGAAGUAAAGCAAUGGAUUCCGUUUUAGAAGACUAUGUCACCCCUGCCGACUUGAAACAUUAUGAGCAGCAGUAUCAUGAAGAAAUGAAAACAGGCCAAGUGCAACCCAAAACUCAGUUUGAAUAUGCGUGGUGCCUGGUGAGAAGUAGAUAUGCUGCUGACAUCCGUCGAGGUGUCCUCCUCAUGGAAGACCUCUUUCACAAUGGAGACACGGAAGCGAAGAGGGACUAUCUCUUUUAUCUGGCUGUUGGAAACACAAAGCUCAAGGAGUAUGCGCAAGCAUUGAAAUUUGUGAAGGCUUUCCUGAAUGUGGAGCCCGCCAACAGACAAGCUCAAGAGCUUGAAGGGAUCAUAAAGAGCAGAAUGAAGAAAGAGGGAAUGAUGGGAAUGGCAAUUGUUGGAGGAGCGGCGCUUGCUGUUAGUGGGCUCGUUGGGCUCGGAAUUGCUUUGGCGAAGAGGUAAUAUCAGCAACGUAAAUUCCACACCUGACGGAAAUGCCAGCAUUCCUGCUCGGCUUUUGAUGUAAACAAGUACCUUGAACGCUAUGUUUGUCAUUGUGUCCUUGUACUAGACAAAUGCUACAGAUUAAACUGACAGAUUUGUACAUGCUUUUGAUCCCCA